AACCUUCAUCAACAUGUUCUCAAAGCUGUUCACCACGUCUUGUCUCGUUGCCAUCGCUUUGACCACUGCUCAAGAGGAGGUCUCUGGCAAAGUUUCUUCCACGAAACGCCGUCAAUACGUGGCUGCUCAGCAACCAGCAGUUCCGGUUGUUGCACCAGUCGGACAAUGUCCAGGAGGCCCAUCGCUCCCAAUUGAGUGCGAUCCAAAGCGUCCAUGGCCACAAUGUCCACCACAAUCCUAUUGUUAUGCCACCAACUCCGUCGAUAUUGGACCAUAUUUCUGCUGCCCAGUCUGGUCAACAUACGGAGCUGCCUGGCGUCCGGCCACUCCAUUCUACAACUACGUUCCACCAGUUCCAGCCAACUGGCCAGAUGUUGCUAAGAUGACCGCCAACUGGCCAGCUGCUGCUGUCAGCGUUCCAGUCAAAGCCCGCAAGCCAACAAAAUCCGAUGAUGAGGAAGAAGAAGUCGGAAAAAUGGGUGGAAUCUCCUCCUCAAUCAACUCAUGGGUUCAACGCCAAAAGUUGUAAAUUCGAGAGAACGAAUCAAGAAAAAGCCAGCAAAAACGUUGCCAUUUUGUAUUUUAAAUCUUAAUAAUAAUACUAUGUCUGUAAAUAUUUGCUCCCUUCCUUCGAAUACUUCCGCUAUUUAUUUGUGAGCUUUUCGCGCUUUCCAUCCUACAUAAUAAUAAACAUUGUCCAUCAAC